GGAGUGGCCAUUUGCCGACUCCAUUUACGACUGUGUACGUGGCCGUGUGUUUCGUUUGAUAUGUAUCCGUGGUGUGUAGGGUGCGUAAUGGAAGGGAACUUCUCGACACCACGGAUCAUGCAUUCGAUAUUCUCGACACCGGAGACCAUGAGUCCCGAGAUGCACAUGCGCUUGGCAGAACCGUUUCCUCCUUGUGCGAAAUCCGUGAGGCACUUCAACGGCGUGACUUCGAUCCACGGAGCCACCAGAGAGGACUUCGAAGAGGACCUGUGGAUGAUCGUUGUCCCGUGCAUGGAUGAACAUCUUGACGGUUGGCACGAUGUCAAUUGGGCCGCGAUGGAGAGUCGAUGCCCUUGGGCCAGCCAGUACAAGUUCGCCAACAUGUUGGAGUUUGGAGACCUCAUCACGCUGCCUGACGCUGUCCUCGGACACAAGUUCCUGAGCCGUAUGCGUAGAACAAUGAGUUGCAUUAGCCGCCAUUUCAGUCGCCUAGAGUGUCACUACGUCAUGUCGUCGCCACGCACGUGGACAGGCUCGCGAAAACAAGAGUUGCAGGACUACGCUCGUCACUGCUCGUUCCUGGAGCACUACCCGCUCCAUUGCCCUGGUCUUUCUCCACAAGCUGUGUCUUACUGUUGUGUGAGGUUGACUGUAUCCCGAACCGAUUUCGCCAGAGUGCUGUGUGUCGCCACUUGUAACAAAAGUAGGAAACUUGUCGAUGCAGUUGUGCUUGUGUCACGAAACGAGGUGGGUGAGGAACGCGGUCGCUUCGAUGACAGCGAGGAGGAAGAAGAGGAGGACACGCGAGUUUCGCCGCAUAGACUCGGAGAUCGCGGGACGCUGAGAAUUCCGGGGGCUGCGAGAGGGGCAACGGUCGUCGAGCAGCUGUCGAUGUCGGGUGGCGGUCGCGCCUUGGGGUCGGAGGACAGGACAGUUGGCGUCGUUUCCGGUGGGGAGGGAGGGGAACAACAGUCUACACAAAAGAGAAGGGGAGGUUCUGAGGGGGAGGCGCCGGGAGCUAAAAAGAAGCAGAAGACAAAGACCCUACAACAGUCAGGGGGGAAAAGGAAGGGAGCUGAGGGGCAUGUCGGCGCGUCGAGUCAAAAGGGCCCGGCCUCGGCUCAGAAGCUAACCCAGUCGGCCCCUUUCCAGCCCAGAGGUGUCAUCGACAUCGACGCCGCAUACUUCGUGGAAUGGAAAAACGGCAUGCGAACAAAGCGGGAGUUCGCCAUUAACCCGUCGCAAGUCAUCGACAUCGGCGAGUGGGAGGCGGCAUACAACCAGCGUUCCUUGGAUCCCGUGCAAAUACAGGCCAUUAUUGACACAAUGACGACGGCCUACUCUCAGACCGAGAAGACUUACGAGCUGCCGACACUAAAGCUCGCACCUCUGGGGCUGGUUAAACCGACGCCCGGGGUGCGGGCGGAUCGUCUGAAGCCAGAGGACUGGAAGGACGAGCUGGCAGGGCAAUACUACUACUACGCUGUGGCGGGCCAGCAUAACGCGGCUACGGCCAGGGCGCUACUUGACACCGAUGUGGCGGCGCAGGUGGAGGCAUGGCGAAGAUUUUGUGCGAAGGCGCUCCAUAGGACGUCGUACAAUCACUUGUGGACUCUCGCCGAUGACAAGACCGAGCAAGGAAUCAAGAAACAGAACGCUGCCCUUCGAUCCUAUUUUCCGCUCGCGAUGGCAGGGAAAAGCGCAUGGGAAGCCGAGAUGGAAUUUUUCGACAGAUGGGAAACGGGCAGACUGCUGGCACCAGAAGGAGCGAAGUGGAUCGCGAAGAAGAAGAAGAUGCAGGGCCUCAAGCCAGGUGUGAGCCACAUCGAAAACGAGAAGGACGGGCGAAAGGUAGUCGUCUACAAUGUCCCCAUCGAAGGGCCACAAAAGAAAGGCAAGAAGGAAAAAGAGCCAGGCGACUGGUUCGUCCAGGUCACCGACCCGGAUCCGCACUGCUGGAAGAGUAUGGAGGCCCUUACCGACAAUGAGAAAUGCCAGUUGUUGAAGAAGGUUAUCAACUGCGAGGUGGUCUGGGUGCAGACAGGGUCCUCCGCGUUGGCGAAGCAAGGGAAGCUGGGGAUGCACGAGGCCGUGCAACUAGUGAAGUGCGAUCGCAUAUUGGUGCGGUUGUGGAACUACUACCAGUUCAAGCAUGAGAACCGGCCAGACAGUGACUGGACCACUAAGUACCCCUUCCUGAAAAAACGAGAGGCGAUUUUGGCAAAGUUUGAAGGGCAGGGGCUGGAUGCAGCGUUGUGGGACGGGAGCAGGAAACUUGUCAGUGACUCCUCCUUGUUCAAGGACUAUCCGCCCUACAUGGGUUGCGAGAACGACAAGUCGAUCAAGGCGACAAAAAAGCUAGUCCAAAACAAGAAGUUACCCAUCGACUGGAAGAACAAGGUCCUCUCCGUGUUGACCGACAGCAGUUCGAAAAGCAUGGAAGUCGCGCUGGCCGAAGGGAUGGUGCACAUUCUGUGGAACGACUCGAAGGACGUCACAUCUAUUGCCCCGUUCGACGUCGACCCUCUGGAUGCGCAGAUGAAGGUCGUGGAGUUGGAGAGGGCGGUCGGAAUCACGAGAUGCCACACGUGCGUUCUCGACUUGUGCGAACAGGUGGACAUCAAACAGUGGACAACUAAAGUCUUCGAGAGUUUGAAUGCCCUCCUGGAGCACUUGUUCCCCUCGCACUGGAUAGUAGUCGCGUUCGUCCCCCGUGAGCACGACUACUACUUCAUGACCAACCUACACCAUCUGUCCGUCGUGAAGGCAAUGGCCGGGAAGUGGGUGAGGAGGACGCAACAAAAGAAAAGUUUCAGUGUCGGCCACAACUUGUACUCCUUGGACGACCGCAUGUACAUCCUUUUCAAAGGCGACGACUUGCGGGAGAACACAUCUGUUGUCUACGACGCGAGGUUGGCGGCGGGUGAUGCUGUCGCGGCGGGGGCACAUCAGAAAGUGACUCCCACUGAGAUAUCCGAGAUGCCGUUUGACGCUUGUGAAUGGCCCGUCGUGAUACAUGGGCGUGAUCCCGUGGUGUACAAGGGCCAUGAGUGGAACCCCACGCAAUUCGCCCAUCUGCUGGAAUUCCUUUGCAAGAAGGGGGAGGGCAUCAUGUUCCUCGGGAAAGCGCACGCACAAGUCGUGUGGGAGGUUUUGAAGGGUGGUCGCAACGUCAUUGCGUUGGAGGGGAAUUCAGAGUGGUUGCAAUUCACGUUGGAUUUCCUGAAAACCGCGGUCAACUCGGGAGCAUAUCACUGUGAGUUCAUUACGAAGAGUGAGAAGCCGAGACGCGUUUGGGAUCCUUCGACAGACAUGUGGUUCAAGCUAAGCGCCCGAAAAAGGAGCAGGAUCUACGAGUUCCUCUUCUUGGAGAAGCGGCCUGCGAGGGGCACCGACAUCGAGUACAUGCGCCUCAAGGAACACAUGUUGGCGCUGCUAGAUAACUAUUACGGCGCCACGCGCCUGAACGCGAAGAACUUCCUGGACCGACUGGAGUUAUUGUACUUUGUCGAAUCCGAGCCGGUCCUGAGGCUCGAGAGUUACGGUGCCUUGAUCGACGCCGACGAAGAGUCCUUCACCGGUGUUGUCUUCGACACCGGUGCACCUGAGGAGGAUAGCGACACCGAGGAAAUUAACAUCGACUACCGCCUUGCUCCGGUGCUCCCAUCCCCGGCCUCCUCGUUGACGAGUCCCUCAACAAACCGGCCCUCACAAGCGACGCCCGUGCGGAGGACCCCUAGUAAGCUGUUGGCGAGAUUGACACCUCGGCCUGCUGCGCCUCCUCCUCUGCGUCCAGGGUGUCAAGUCCCCCUGCAACAUCCUUCUCGGAAGGAUGAGAAUAUCCACUUUGAAGGGCAGGACCACACACAUUCCACGGAGGCAGACUGGGGUCAUGACAUGAUUUGGCACCCGGGGACGAUCCAGCCCGCAAAUUGGAAGGGGGAGUGGGUCAUGGCCAUAGUCGACACUGACGGGGAAUGGAAGCCGUCCGAGCGCCUGGCCAAGUCCGACUACUUGGAUAUCGCGAGGAGUGCUGUGGUGGACAAAGUGACGUCAGAGAACAGCAACCUGCAGCCCGCCGACCCGGCCAUCAUUGCCACUGCUGAUCGCUUGUUUCGGGAACUUCAUGACAAGCAGUGGUUGGAACUAUCUGACGAUUUCUACGACCUCGAGACGAGCCCUUCGAAGAAAAAGGUGAACUGGAAAGUACCCCCGUUGACAGGGACCCAGGGUAGUGUGGGAGGAGGGCCUCCGAGCCCCCUGGGGCCGGAGGGGGGGGAGGCAGUGGCCACGAGGAAGGAGGUGGCGGAGGCAGUGGCCAUACGACAUCAGGGGGAAGCGCGCCGGCAUCAUCGCCUGCCCCUGGCGGUCAGGGCAGGAUCGCGCACAGCGGCGCGACGCUGCCGGCCCUUGGACAAGGCCGAUCUGCGGAGUCACAGAGAGAUAGCUGGUGCAGCGUCGUCCGCCUUCCUUGCGACGAAGUCCGCCGGUAUCCGUACUUCGUUCGUGACGUUCCUGUCGUCGGAGGAGGCAGGGACGGAGGAAGGUGCUACGUCUGUUCAUAGAGACGACCGCUCCUUGGGAUCCGCCUUGAUGCGGCUGCAAGGAGCCGAGUCGUGUGAGACUGACGGGGGGGAAGAAUGGAUGGAAGUCGAGGGCGAGGAAGAAGGGGGAGGAUGGGAGGAGGGGGGAGAAGGAGACGAAGGGCGAGAGAAGGAGUUGAUUACAUUGCGCGACGGGGAAGACGGUGAAGAAGGAGGACUCAAUAUUACAAACGAGGAAAGGGUGGAUGCCGGAGACGAGGAUGUAUGUGGGGAGACAUCUGAUUCGUUCGGUCUGGUGUACGCCAGACCAGGUGAAGGUGAUAUCGACGACGACGCGAUGACGAUGGAGAUGGAGACGCAGGUGGUUAGUGGCCUUUCCGUGGACCACGAAGAAUAUGACGCCCACCACCUGGCCACGACGGUGCAUCCCCCUGACGGUCGCGACGAGGCUAUCAUGACAGUGAGCCUGGCGAAAACAAUUCGCCGUCUUAGCGUCAAUGAGGUCAUCGAUAGCAUACUGGGCGACGUGCAAGCUAAAACACUUUCAUCCACCCCGUCAAAAGACGAUGCCCUUCUCAGCAACGAAACUUUCGCGACCGGGGACUUGGCGCUCAUCCAGCCGUGCUUUCCGGUACCCUGGUCACCGCUCACAGGAGGAAGGGGGGGGGUUGUUGGGGGCCGCCAGCACGUCACGUCCCCGAAAAAGUGCAGGGUAGGCACUCCGGCCCUGGCUGUCCUCGCCUUACCAGCGCCCACGUUGCCGACGAAGGAGCGGAAAGAAAAACAAGCUGGUAAGCAUUGACGAUCGUCGCGAUGUCAGCACUACCGCAUUUCGGGAUUGUCGACGCUGUCUGUCAACCCCCUUGUCGGUUUAUGCCCCACGUUAGAUGGACAAAAUUCCGCUUCACUUGUCAGCGAGGACCAAUUGGCCUCUUGUUCUUUAACACACCGUCACGCUUUAUUCUGCGACCGCUCAUCCGUUCCUCCCUCUACAAGUCCUCUGUCGCCGUCUCGACUUUCUAUCUCUGGCCGACACCUGUAGUGCGGAUACCGACAGACUACAAGACAGACCGUCCGAUAAACGAUUUCCGUAGCG